AUGGCCUUUGCAUCUGGACUAUUGGUGAGUAGAGAGAAAGCUCAAAUAUCAGUAUCUUCUGCACUUGGUUCCAAUGUUGGUUCUAGUGUAUUGAAUCUUAUUGUGCUCUGGGGCAUAUGUGUUAUACUUGGGAGACAAAAUACCUCAACAAAUUCAACAAAGUGUAAAGGAGUCAUAACAAACAAUCUUACUGGUUAUAUAGCUGGAAUCAUGUUUCUCUCACUUUUACCAUUCACAAUAAUGCUACUUGGCGAUAUCAUCAGUUCAGCAGUAGGAAAAAGCAUCACAAUUCUUGUUGCUCUUAUUGUAUCAGUCACAUUUUUGCUGUCAUAUUUCACUUACCAGAUGUGGAAUACAUUGAUUCAACAAAAGAGAAUAGAGUACAUAAAACACCAAAAUCUGCUUGAAUCUGGAAAGUUUAAAGUGGACAGUGACUUUGCCCUGUCAACACUGUCUAGAAUAUUCGAUCAAAACAAGGUGAUGUGGGGAGAAUUUGACAAGUUCUUGGAUGAAGUAGAAAAAGGAAACCAUAGACGUUUCAACCACUCUUUGGUGUUAAAAUGGGACAUCUGCAAGUCUGAGUUGCAAGUGAUUUUGGGCAUUGCUAUAUUGACACUGUGUGCAGAUCCAAUCAUGGAUAACAUUAUACGACUGGCAAGUGCAAUUGGCGUGCCUUCUUUCUUCCUAUCAUUUGUCAUAGUACCUUUAGCUAUCAAUGUAAGUACUGCAAUAACAGCAGUAACUUUACUCUCUUCAGCCAAUCAGCAGAGUGGCACAACUUCUUCUUUGACAUUUUCUGAGCUUUUGUCCACGCUAACUCGUAAGAACAGAAACAAGUAA